GCCAUUAAAACAUAUUUUUGCGCGGGAGUUUGGCAAAUGCUGUUGCCGAUUAUAUUAUUUAAUUAAAUUAAUUAUUUAAGUCUCUAUUAAUCAUGUCUACAGAAACAAGUAUAAGCUCCAAAUGGACACGACCCGAUGAUUUUAUCAAGCUACAAAGACUGAAACAGAAGAAGAAACAACUGGCGGCACGUGUGAGCAGCAAUAACAACAAUAAAAGGCCCGAGUUGGAUGAGAAUGACAAAUGCAAGCUGCUGGAAGCCAAAAUAGCCCAAAAGCGAAAAAAUCCAUUUGCCAAGUCCACAGAUGGCGCCAAGAAGCAGAAAACCGAUGACCCACAAGAUACAUCGAUUUGUGAGUCUUUAAAGACGGAAACCAACUGUUUUGUGCGUGAGACGCCGACACGUCCACCACCCGCCAAAUUGGUACUCCAGAAAUUCGAUGCACAGGCGUUUGCCAAGUUGUUGCACCAACAACAUGCCCAACAAGCGGAUGAGGAAGACGAUGCCGCGCUGGCCGCUCGACAAAAGCAUACGUUGCAUCUGCCCAUAGAUUGGUGCCUCAAGACCCGUGUGCGCUUCUUCUGCCCUACCGAACUGCCCGCCACGCAAUUAAAGACCUCACAGCUGGCCAGCGGACUCACCAGCUUUGUGCGGUGCUUCGACACGAACCAGACGGAUAGUACAUUGGAUAUAUCGGAUGCUACACGCUUCAAUCAGUGCACCUACUACUGGCAACAUCCGCAUCUGCCAUGGCUAACACUGUUUCCACGCAGUGCCAAGGAAAACAAUGGCUUUACCAUUGGCGAAAGGGAACGCAAAGCUCUGGCCGAGGAAUGGGAUUAUAGUUUUCGUGGACUAUUUCAAUUGUUGCGUGCCCGGCAAUGUCCGUACUUUUAUCUGUGUGCCAACACUUUUACGGUGCUGUUUCGCGCCGCUGGAUGCGGAGGACGCGCCGAAAUGCAUGCCCUGGUCACGCCCUCUACCCGCGGUAUGCGGAACGCACUUCGCCAGGAGGGCAUUGAAUACAGUAUGCCACUCAAAAAAGAUGUAGCUGGUGGCGGGAGUUUAAAUAGCAGUUUCACAGAGGAUCACACAAAUGAAACAAAGCCAAAAGUUGGCGAAGAUUGUGUGAAGAAAGAAGCGACAGACGAGAAACCGACUGAAGAUGAGGAUGACGAUGAUGAUUGGCUGGAGAGCUUGGGAGUGGAUGAGCGUGAGCUGCGACGCAUCCAAACCACACAUGCCAGGAAAUUGCAGGCAGCUGAGAUGAGCGAGGAUUUCAGCGACAAUUCCCUGCUGUUGAUCGAAGGUGUCGAGUGCCAAGGCUUCUUCAGUUAUUUGCUUAAUGCCAAGAGCACCAUCAGCAGCGUUGGUCGUUUGGCUGGAGUACCGCCCACGUUGUUAGCCUCUGUUGCCUUUCCCAAGGCCACAAUGCAACAUUUGGUGCCGCGAUCCAAAAAAGUUCGUCUGGACGGCGUCGACUAUCACAGCAUCGAUAUCAAGGGACUGCUUCUGCCCACAUUCCUUCCAAGCGUUGCAACGCUGCUCUGCGAGACGCGCCAAAUGUUUAGCGCCACGUUGGCCAGUAGCGUAAAUACCUUGUCCUUUAGCAAGGCCACACAGAAGCUGCUGGAAUCAUCGCCCGAGGAGUCAAAGGCACCUCGAGAGGAGGACGCAGGUUCAGGGCAGGUUUUCGGUCAACAAAAUCUGUCCGAGUGCGGAUUACUGCCCGACGUGGUGGGUGCCAUUUGCAGGACAGGUCAACACGCCGUCGGGCUGCUGGAACGCGUUUGUUAUCAGAGAGGCGAGGGUUAUGCGUGGAGCUGAUUUAGUAAUAUUUAAGAUUGCAAUAUUGCAGCUUUAGGAGCCUAUUGUAAUUAAGUAUGUAUAUUUGCAAAGAGUAAUAAAUGUCUAAUAGCUA